GUUUCGGACCCGCUGAAGCGCUUUGUGUUAUUCUUGGAAAAUUUCGCACCACUUGUGAAUUCCUUGAACCUGGGCAUUGCAAACCCACUUCUGUUGGGCCCAUCUCCUUUGCACUUUGCUCAGAUUAAGACUCAGUUGGCGCUUCAGCAGCUGAAUGCCGUUACCUCACAUGGUUCUACAACACCUUACACCUUAUUAAAUCAGGCUUUCUUGAAAAUAGCCAUGUCGGGACCCAGGUUUAAUCCUCGAGAAAACUUUCCACUUCAAAGGCCACAUGCACCUCACCCUUCUGGGAUGAGGCCUCCAGGACCAUUUAUGAGGCCUGGAUCUAUGGAUCUUCCAAGAUUUUACCCAGCAGGGAGAGCAAGUGGAAUUCCACACAGGUUUGCUGGCCACGAAUCUUAUCAGAGCAUGGGACCACAGAGAAUGAACGUUGAGGUUACACAGCACCGAACUGAUCCAAGACUGACCAAAGAAAAAUUGAAUUUUCAUGAAGCACAACAAAAGAAGGGGAAGCCUCAUGGUAGCCGGUGGGAUGGAGAGCCUCAUAUAUCUGCAUCGGUGGGAGUGAAACAGAGUUCUGUAACACGGGUUACAGAGCAGAGCCCUAAGGUACAGAGCCGCUAUACAAAAGAGAGUGCCUCAAGUAUCUUAGCAAGUUUUGGAUUAUCUAAUGAAGACCUAGAAGAACUUAGUCGCUAUCCUGAUGAACAGCUAACUCCUGAAAAUAUGCCAUUAAUUUUGAGGGAUAUAAGAAUGCGAAAAAUGGGGCGCCGAUUACCUAACUUACAUUCUCAGAACAGAAAUAAAGAAACACUUGGUAGUGAAGGAGUUUCAAGUAAUGUGAUUGAUUAUGGGCAUGCAAGCAAAUAUGGCUACACAGAAGAUCCGCUUGAACUAGGUAUAUAUGAUCCUGAAAUGCCAACCGAUGAGGUCAAGAAUGAAUUUCAGUCACAACAGGGCAUUUCUGCACCUGUUCCCACUCCAAAUGUGCUAUGUAAUUCUAUGUUUCCUGUUGAAGAGGUAUUUCGCCAGGUGGACUUCCCCCGUGAAUCCUCUAAUAAUCAGUCCUUUUUCCCAGCUGAGAGUGGAACCAAGAUUUCAAGCUUACACAUUUCAGGAGGACAGCCAGUCCUUGAACCCGUAAAAUCUGUCGGCCAACCUAUUAGCCAAACAGUUAGCCAGAGGAUGAGUCAGUCUUUGAUUCCUCCAUCUAUGAACCAGCGUUUUUCAUCUGAAUUAAUUUCAGUUGUAAGCCAACAAGAGCGAGUACCGCAUGAACCUGUGAUUCAUUCACCUAAUGUACAUGUUGGAUCAAGGGGAAGUAAAAAGAAUUACCAGCCAGAAUCUGACAUUCCCAUUCAGUCUCCCUUUGGAGUUGUGAAAGCAUCAUGGCUACCAAAGUUUUCACAUGCCGAUGCCCAGAAGAUGAAGAGACUUCCAACUCCUUCUAUGAUGAAUGAUUAUUACGCAGCAUCUCCAAGAAUAUUUCCACAUUUGUGUUCUCUGUGUAACGUAGAAUGUAGUCAUUUGAAGGAUUGGAUUCAGCAUCAAAAUACAUCUACUCAUAUUGAGAACUGUCGACAGUUACGUCAACAGUAUCCUGAUUGGAAUCCUGAGAUCCUUCCCUCAAAAAGAAAUGAAGGCAAUAGAAAAGAAAAUGAAACUCCGAGAAGACGUUCUCAUUCCCCUAGUCCUAGGCAUUCAAGAAGAUCAAACUCAAGUCAUAGGUUCCAUAGAUCUCGAAGCCCAGUACGUUACAUGUAUAGACCGAGAAGUCGAAGUCCAAGAAUUUGCCAUCGUUUCAUUUCUAGAUACAGAUCCAGAUCCAGAUCCCGUUCACCAUAUCGAAUUAGAAAUCCAUUUAGAGGUAGUCCACCGUGCUAUCGGUCUGUUAGCCCUGAAAGGACAUCAAGGAGAUCAGUGAGAUCAUCAGACAGAAAAAAAGCACUAGAAGAUGUAGUGCAACAGUCUGGGCAUGCGAUAGAAUUUAAUAAACAGAAGCAUCUUGAAGCAAUUGUUGAUAAAGGACACUUACCAGCCCAAAAACCUAAAACUGGUAGUGGAACAAAGCCAUCAGUUAAAUCUACAACCUCUGUAAAGGGCGAAUCAAAUUUAGGAGGACAUUCUACUCAUUACAAAUCAAAAAAUCUUGAGGGUGACACCUUACCAGAAUGCAAACAAGUGCCAAAUAAAGCUAUUUCUCUCCAGCGUAAGCUUCGGAAAGACCAGUCUCUGCAUUACAGUUCAGUUCUUCUUAUAUCUGAAUUACCAGAGGAUGGCUGUACUGAAGAAGAGAUUAGAAAAGUAUUUCAACCAUUUGGAAAAGUUAAUGAUGUCCUGAUUGUUCCAUAUAGAAAAGAGGCCUACUUGGAAAUGGAAUUUAAAGAGGCAAUUACUGCAGUCAUGAAGUACAUUGAAGCAACACCUGUUCUUAUAAAAGGAAAAAGUGUGAAAAUAUGUGUUCCAGAAAAGAAAAAAGCACAGAACAAAGAGGUGAAGAAAAAGACUUUAGAUUCAAAGAAAGCAUCUGCUUUAAAAAAAGAUGCAGAUGCUUCAAAAGCUGUUGAAACUGUUACUUCAGCUUCUACUGGCAAAACUGGACAAGCCAAGGCAUCUGCAGCCAAAAUAAACAAAUCUGCAGGAAAAUCUGCGAAUUCUGUAAAAUCUGUGGUAACGGUAGCUGCUAAGGGUAAUAAAGGGUCAGUGAAAACAGCAAAAUCUACGGGAAAGAAGUCUCUAGAAGCCAAAAAGGCUGCAAAUGUCAAAAUUAAGGAUGCCAGUAAAGCUGUGACUAUACCAGAAAACUCUGAAAUAAAGACCAAUAUGGAAGUCAUAGUCACUGAAAACAAUGCUAAAGAAAUUGUUUCAGAAGCUGCUUUGGAGACCACAGAAAAUGAACCAAUUAGCAAGGAAACGGAAGAAAUGUGUUUGGUACUUAUUUCAAAUUUGCCUGCUAAAGGUUAUUCUAUAGAAGAAGUGUAUAACUUAGCAAAACCAUUUGGUGGUUUAAAGGAUAUUUUGGUAUUAUCAUCUCACCAAAAGGCAUAUAUAGAAAUAAAUAGAAAAUCUGCAGAAUCUAUGGUAAAGUUUUAUACCUGUUUCCCAAUAUCAAUGGAUGGAAAUCAACUCUCAAUAAAUAUGGCUCCUGAAAACAUAAAUAUAAAAGAUGAGGAAGAUAUAUUUACAACCUUGAUUAAAGAAAACAACCCAGGGGCAAAUUUGGAUAAAAUUUACAGUCGAUUUGUACAUCUUGAUAAUUUACCAGAAGAUGGACUUCAGUGUGUGCUUUGUAUUGGACUUCAGUUUGGAAGAGUGGAUCACCAUGUAUUCAUGAGUAAUAAAAACAAGGCAAUUCUUCAGUUAGACAGUCCUGAAUCUGCUCAAUCCAUGUACAUCUCUUUGAAACAAAAUCCACAGAACAUAGGUGACCAUGUAUUGACCUGCACAUUAUCUCCAAAGAUGGACUUGGCAGAGAUUCCAACUGAGAAAGACACAGAACUAGGAAGAGAAAGCCCUGACUUGAAAAACAGUCCAGUUGGUGAAAGUGAGGUGCAAACAGCAGCUGAUAGUCCCUCUGUUAAACCUAAUGAAAUUGAAGAAGAAACUACUCUCAACAUUCAAACAGAAACUUUGGUUUGAGGAAGAAUCUGAAAAAGCACUGUGUGACUCAGAUUUUGCUAUCGAAACACUGGAAAUUGAAACUCAAGGAGAGGAGAUCAAAGUGGAUAUUCCUCUUGAAGCAGCCACUCCAGCCAGUAUUGAAUUAUUCACUGAAAAUGUAGAGGAGUCUGCUUUAAUUCAGCCAGUAUAUACUGGUGACUUUGAGAAGGAAGAAGCAGAAAUUAUUAACCCUGAAAUAGAAUUAUCAACAUCUGACAGUGCACUUAUAGAAGAAAGGGACAUCAAAGGAAUUUUAGAAGAAUCUCCAUCUGAUGCAGAAGAUUUCUUUUCUAGAAUUACACAGUCCAUGGUAGAAGCUGUAGCUGACAUGGACAAGCAUGAAACUGUUUCAGAAAUAAUGCCACCUGUUUGUGUUUUGACCUUGGUACCAGGAAAUUCCACUGGGGAUGAGAGGGCAGUGAACAAAAAGGCUAUUUCUGAAAAAACUAACAUGGAGGAAAAGGAGGAGAACGAAUUUGAUGUUAAGGAAACAAGCAUGCAUCUCGAAAUAGAAACAGAGAAGGUGGAAAAGAAUGAAGCUGGGAUGGUUGCAGAAAAGGUGGAAAAGAUUAUGGCAAUAGUGAAAGAAAAGCCUGCAGAAAACACUGUGAUCGAGGAGGCAUACCCAAAUAAAGGACUGGAUCAGGCCAAUAAGCCUGAUGAAACCAGUAAAACUAGUAUGCUGGCUGUAUCAAAUGUAUCUAGCAGUAAAGCAGGCAUCAAGGCUGCUGUGGUCUCUUCUAAAGCAAAAGCUAUAGCUUCGAAAACUGAAAAUCAAAAAAGUUUUCUAAAAUCUGUGCUUAGAGAUCAAAUAAAUGCUGAAAAGAAACUUUCAGCCAAGGAAUUUGGUCUGCUUAAACCUGCAAGUGCCAGAUCAGGCGUGGCUGAAAGCAGCAGUAAAUUCAAACCCACCCAGGGCGGUGUUACAAGAGGAGGCAGUGGAAGGAUCUCAGCCCUGCAAGGCAAGGAUUCUAAACUGGAUUACAGGGAUAUAACAAAACAGUCUCAGGAAACAGAGGCUAGACCUUCCAUCAUGAAACGGGAGGACAGCAACAAUAAGACUGUGCCUGGGCAAAACACUAAGAAUCCUAAAAGCACCACUUGUCGAAGUUUCAAAUCUAAAAAGCAGGAACCAUUAUUUCCAUUUAAUUUGGAUGAAUUUGUUACCGUGGAUGAAGUUAUAGAAGAAGUGCAUCCUUCUCAAGCUAAGCAGAAUCCACUAAAGGGAAAAAGGAAAGAAGUUCUCAAAAGUGCUCCGCCAUCUGAUCUUAACUUAAAAAAGAAGAAGGGGAAAACUUCUAUUCCUCGUGGUGUUGAGGGAGAAUUAUCUUUUGUAACAUUGGAUGAGAUUGGGGAAGAGGAAGAUGCAGCUGCACAUCUAGCACAAGCUCUAGUCACUGUGGAUGAAGUAAUUGAUGAAGAAGAAUUAAAUAUGGAAGAAAUGGUAAAAAAUUCUCACUCACUUCUUACAUUAGAUGAAUUAAUUGACCAAGAUGAUUGUAUUUCCCACAGUGAACCUAAAGAUGUUACUGUUCUGUCAGUGGUUGAAGAACAAGACCUUCUCAAACAGGAACGCUUGGUGACUGUGGAUGAAAUUGGAGAGGUAGAAGAGCUACCUUUAAAUGAAUCAGCAGACAUAACUUUUGCCACUUUAAAUACUAAAGGGGAUGAAGGAAAUACUGUAAGGGAUUCCAUUGGGUUCAUUUCUUCUCAGAUGCCUGAAGACCCUUCUGCAUUAGUUACUGUAGAUGAAAUACAGGAUGACAGCAGUGAUUUGCAUUUAUUGACUUUGGAUGAAGUAACUGAAGAGGAUGAAGAUUCACUGGCAGAUUUUAACAACCUUAAAGAAGAGCUUAAUUUCGUUACUGUUGAUGAAGUUGGAGAGGAGGAAGAAGGAGAUAGUGAUUUAAAAAUAGAGUUAACCCAAAGCAAAAAUGACCAUCCCACAGAUAAAAAAGGGGAAAGAAAGAAAAGAGCUUUGGACACAAAGAAGACAAAAUUUGAAGCCUUAUCCCAAGUGGGUCCAGUAAGUGAGAAUGUUAUGGAUGAUGAUCUGAAAACCGUGAUUGAAAGACACUUACCAGCUAAAGCACCAACCAAGAGAGUUAGAAUUGGGAAAGGAUCACCAACAGAAAAGGCUGUUAAAACAGAACCAGUAAAAGAUGAAGAGGCCUUCCAAAUUAGUGAAGUUGAUGAAGAAUCUGGAUUAAAGGAUUCAGAACCAGAGCGAAAACGCAAGAAAAUUGAUGACUCUUCUUUAGGCAAAUCAGUGGUACCUGAUGUCUCUGAAGAAUUGGACUUUCUUGUACCAAAAGCUGGAUUCUUCUGUCCUAUAUGUUCCCUCUUCUACUCAGAUGAAAAGGCAAUGACAAAUCACUGCAAGAGUACACGUCAUAAGCAAAAUACAGAGAAGUUCAUGGCCAAGCAGAGAAAGGAAAAGGAGCAGAAUGAAGCCGAAGAAAGAAGCUCUAGGUGAUUGAAGGCAAAGGGAAAGAAUUCAUUAGAAAUUCAUUUAGGGUCCAGUUUAUUUGUGUGUUUUUGUUAUCAUUUAAUUUGUAAUUUUCAGAAGCAAAUAUUCAUGUUGUACAAAUUCUGAUUGCCCUUGAUGUAGAGAGAGACUGAUGGGGAAAGUAUGAUGGGUUUGGUUUUUAUAUCAAAUCAUCAGGCAUGGAGAAAUAUCUUUUAGAAGUGUUAAAAUAAAUGUUCCUACUGUAUAUUUAAAAUAUCAUCUUGUGUUUAUGGCUGAUUUAUUAAAGACUUGCUUGCUUCUGAUUGUA